AUGACUGCUUGCAAUGCCUCACAGGGCCAUCCUUCUUUCUUCAUUCUCCAAGGCAUUCCUGGCAUGGAGGACAAACACAAAUGGAUAGCUAUCCCCUUCUCCUCCAUGUAUUUCAUUACUGUGCUUGGGAACUGCACCAUCCUCCUCACCAUUUCCACAGAGCGCUCCCUGCACAAACCCAUGUUUCUGCUCCUCUGCCUGUUGGCCCUCACAGACCUGGGCAUGUCUACAACCACCAUUCCCAAGGUGCUGUGCAUUUUCUGGUUUGGCCAGAGCGAGAUCAGCUAUGAAGGCUGCCUGGUUCAGCUGUUCUUCAUCCACUCCAUCUCGGCCAUGCAGUCAGCUGUCCUGAUGACCAUGGCCUUUGACCGCUACGUGGCCAUCUGCAAGCCCUUGCACUAUGCCACUAUCCUUUCCAAUAGCCGCAUUGGACUCAUUGGUCUAGUGAGUUUGGUGAGAGCUAUCCUCUUUAUUCUCCCCAUGCCCAUCCUCCUUCAGCAAAUGCCCUAUCAUGCCAAUCAUGUCAUCCCCACCACCUACUGUGAGCACAUGGCUGUGGUGAAGAUGGUUUGUGUAGAUACAACACUCAACCGGAUUUAUGGCCUGGUGGUGGCCUUGUUGGUUGCUGGGUUAGACCUCUCAGCUAUUGCUUCAUCUUACGUGCUAAUCAUCCAGGCUAUACUGCGUCUCUCUGCUAAGGAAGCCCACCAUAAAGCAGUCAACACCUGCACCACACACAUCUGUGUCAUGCUUAUUUCUUAUACUCCCUCACUUUUCUCUUUUCUCACUCACCGUUUUGGCCGAGGCAUUCCACCCCAUGUCCAUACCAUUCUUGGCAACCUCUACUUCCUUGUACCUCCAAUGCUCAAUCCUAUAAUUUAUGGAGUGAAAACGAAGGAGUUCCGUGACAAAGUGACCAAAUAUGGUUGCUGGAGAAAAGAACCCGCAACCACUGCCCAUGGUCAGAAACUUGUCUGCUAA